AAUGGAAGGAGCUAAACAGCUAUUGCAGUGCUUAGUUUUGACUAAGUGAUGGGAAGGUCCUUCUUCUGAAAUGAAUUCUAUGUGAAGGUUGUUUUAAUGUUUUCUAACCUUUACCAUUAAUUCACUAGACCUCUUGACAAGAAUUACCAGCAACUCUUCAUGCCUAACUUCACUCUACGUGAGAUUAACAGGAAUCCCAAUCUGUUGCCCAACAUUUCCCUGGGAUGCCGUAUAUACAACUGCUAUUCCGGUGAAGAAAGGUCCUUGGAGACAUACCUGUGGUGGCUGUCUGGAACAAAUCAGCUCAUCCCUAAUUACGACUGCAGAGAGCGAGGAAAGGUUGUGGCUGUCAUUGGAGGAGCCUCGUCAGCUCUCUCUAUUGAGAUGGGGACCCUGCUUGACCUCUACCAUGUACCGCAGAUUACUUAUGGUCCAUUUGAUCGCAGUCUUGCUGACAAAGUCCAGUUUCCUUCCCUCUAUCAGAUGGCCCGCAAAUCCUCUUCUCUUCACCAAGGAAUUGUCCGCUUAUUGGUCUAUUUUCAGUGGAACUGGAUAGGUCUGAUUGUCUUUGAUGAUAUGAAAGGUGAGGAAUUCCUCAGGGCAAUGAGAGAGGAAAUGAAAAAGAAUACAGUUUGUACGUCCUUCACAGAGAAGAUGCCUCUCAGUAACAAAAAAAAGGAGAAGACUUCUGAGGCCUUAAAGUCCAGGAUCCUUACUUCAAAAGUCAAAGUCAUUGUCAUCCAUCCCGACACAGAUUCACUUAUGUUAGUGGAUAUCCCACCAGCUUUUUUAUUCCGAACUAAUAAGGUGUGGAUUCUCACAUCUCAUUCAGACAUUACAAUAAGAGCUCUGUACGAUUAUGGUUUCAUUUUCCCUACUACUCUCUUCUUUUCACACUUGACUUUUCCAGUCCCUGGGUUUGAGAGUUUUAUGAGCGAGGUUUUACCUCCUUUAUUCCUGAGGACUGCUCUUCAUAUAGUACAUAGGCCAUCACCUUUGAAAUGCUCAGAUCAACCAGAUAUACCAAAGCAAGAUUUAUAUUUUGUAAAUGAGUCGAAGAAAUAUUUACCUUUUUAUCCCAUGGACAUCACAACAUCUGACUUGAGUUACAACAUCUACAAUGCUUUAUAUGCUGUGGCGUGGGCUCUCCAUGAAAUAGUGAUGAAAAGGUCUGAGAAAAGAUCCUUGGGAAAUGAAGAAUCUGUAUUUCCUCAUCCAUGGCAGGUAAUAUAGAAAGUGUGGUGCCUUUUUAGUGAUGAUUUUUGAAUAUGUAUUUUAGCAAGAAGUGGGACAUGGGAGACAUUGAAGACUUUUCAAUUUCUAAAAUGAUUCUGAUUGUAUAUUUCUCAAUGAUUUUAUUGUUGAUUUCCAAUGUUUGUCAAAUUGCAUAUAAAGUUUAAAAUAAAUUUCCUUCCUAGAGUC